AGACAGUAAGAUGAGGACAAGCCAAAGGCUAAAAAUAGCCUCAAACGUUCUCAUGUUCUGCACACAAUCUUUCUCCUCCUUUCUAUUAUUUUAAGCCUCGAACAUUGAUCUGAACUACAGGAAUACAUGGCUAACCAUCUGAUCUCAGCUUAGUUUAAGCUUCUUGUCCUCAAUUGCUUUCUUGCUCUUCUUAGGUACCUGAUUGAUGCCUGUUGAACUGUACAGCCAAAACUGCGUUUCUUUUGGAAAGAGCUACAUGGAUAUGGUGACGCUUCAGUCCUGGGAACCUCAAAAAUGGGGUAUUUUCUUUGGGCCUGAGCGGUCUGGGUGUUGUUACAGAUCUUAUAACAGUCGGUUUAAAGCGGGGAUCUGACGAGCUUCUUUCUUCUGGUAUCACUAACGGGCCUUUUACCAUGAGCAAUUCGACUCCAGCUACAGUGAUUGCAAAUAUCCUUCCUGAGUCACAUGACUGAAUAAACCAUUGAAUCCAAGAGGGGUCCUCAUUUGUUCUGAUUCAUGCCAUAUAAUUCUUGGAACCUCUGGUGGCCAGAUAUCUCAGACUUCCUGCAUCCUUCACUUUCUUCUCCUACUGAAAUAUAGGAAGACUAUAAACUUUGGAGGAAUGUUUAUUGCUGCUUGAAAAUAGCUAAUGGGAAUGACAGCAAGAAAUUUAAAGGAGAUCGAUCUCCCUGCUCUCCUUCUCGUGUUCUCCAUCUUCGUAAAAUUCCAAAUGAUGUUACUGAAACAGAGGUCAUAUCAUUAGGUCUACCAUUUGGCAAAGUAACCAAUCUCUUGAUGUUGAAAGGAAAAAGCCAGGCAUUCUUAGAAAUGGCUUCUGAGGAAGCUGCUGUUACUAUGGUGAACUACUACACUCCAGUUACUCCUCACCUCCGAAGUCAGCCUGUUUAUAUUCAGUAUUCUAAUCACAGAGAACUUAAGACUGACAAUCUACCCAAUCAAGCUCGAGCUCAAGCUGCAUUGCAAGCAGUGAAUGCUGUCCAGGCUGGAAGUCUGGCCCUUACUGCAGCCCCAGGCAAUGAAGGUGGAGUUCUUCCUGGGCAGAGCCCUGUUCUUCGAAUAAUUGUGGAAAACCUCUUUUACCCUGUCACUCUUGAAGUACUUUACCAGAUUUUUUCCAAGUUUGGAACAGUUUUGAGGAUUAUCACCUUUACAAAGAACAAUCAAUUUCAGGCCUUGCUUCAGUAUGCUGACCCACUGAAUGCACAUUAUGCCAAAAUGGCUCUGGAUGGUCAGAAUAUCUAUAAUGCAUGCUGCACUCUGCGUAUUGACUUCUCCAAGUUAACCAGCCUUAAUGUGAAGUAUAAUAAUGACAAAAGCAGAGAUUUCACUCGCCUUGACCUUCCUUCUGGUGAUGGCCAGCCAUCCCUUGAUCCUACUAUGGCUGCUGCUUUUGGUGCACCUGGUAUAAUUUCCUCACCAUAUGCAGGGGCUGCUGGAUUUGCCCCAGCCAUUGGGUUUCCUCAAGCUACAGGUCUUUCAGUUCCAGCUGUUCCUGGAGCACUUGGUCCUUUAACCAUCACAACCUCUGCUGUCACUGGAAGGAUGGCAAUUCCUGGGGUUCCUGGUGUACCCGGAAAUUCUGUUCUGCUUGUCAGCAACCUCAAUCCUGAUGCUAUCACACCACAUGGACUUUUUAUCCUAUUUGGGGUGUAUGGUGAUGUACAGCGUGUGAAAAUUAUGUUUAAUAAGAAAGAAAAUGCCUUGGUUCAGAUGGCAGAUGCAAAUCAAGCUCAACUAGCCAUGAACCACCUGAGUGGACAGAGACUUUAUGGAAAGGUGCUUCGUGCUACUCUGUCGAAACAUCAGUCAGUCCAGCUUCCUCGUGAAGGCCAAGAAGACCAAGGUUUGACUAAGGAUUUUAGCAAUAGUCCUUUACAUCGUUUUAAGAAGCCUGGAUCUAAGAACUUCCAGAAUAUCUACCCACCAUCUGCCACCCUGCAUCUUUCAAACAUCCCACCUUCGGUUAUGGUUGAUGACCUGAAGAAUCUAUUUACAGAUGCUGGAUGUACAGUUAAAGCCUUCAAAUUCUUCCAGAAAGAUCGCAAAAUGGCACUUAUCCAGUUGGGAUCCGUGGAGGAAGCAAUUCAGGCACUUAUUGAGCUGCAUAAUCAUGAUCUUGGAGAAAACCACCACCUCCGAGUCUCGUUCUCAAAAUCAACAAUUUGACUUUUCUGUGAACUUUCCUUUUAAGACUGGACCACAAUUUCAGUAAAACCUUCAGACAGAGACUGAAGCAGCUUAAGACGAAUUCUGCCUCUUUUAAAAAUAUUGAAUUAAACUCUCACUGAGUUUGACGUGUGAGUGUAUUCAUACACAGUAAAGAAUCAAGGGAUUGCCUUUUUUCCAUUAUUUUCUGUCAGUAUGUGGUAAAAGAGUUAUGAUUUCUCCGCACCAGAGUUUCUGUGGAAAUAUCCUAUAAAAAAAGAAUAUUUUUUCAAUCAGAUGCCCUGUGUUCAAUUCUCUUUCAGGGGACAGCCUUUUAAUUUUUGGUCCAAAUCAAGCUUACACAACAUUUCCAAAUUCCUUUACUGUUUGAACUAUUUAAACAUACUUUUAAAUCACUCUGUGUAAGCAAAAAUUCAUAUAUUUGUCUCUGACUAGAAAGUGUGACUCCUGUGCAGAGAGAUUUUAGUUCAUGAAUUAUAGCAAUUCUUGGUCAUUACUUUGUGACACAUGAUAACGAAUUCAAAGGCAAAUUGAAGGACUCUGAUGUCUCAAAAGUAAAUUUAUAAGUAUAAAUUCCUAAUGAAAAAUAAUUGAUCUUUUUCUUCUUUCAUUGGACCCUUCUGGAUCAUUCUUAUGUUCUUAAUUUUAUUGAUUAUGAAAGUAAGAUUUUUGGAGAAAGGCAGUGCCUGACUCUCCCCAAAUCAAGUUGGAUUGAGAUAGAACCAAGACCUGUUUAUAGGAUUAAUUAAUGCUUUUAUUGAGUAAAAAUCGUGUUUUAUCUGAAUUCACAAUGGCAUUUUUCCCAUGAAAUGAUGUGUAGUAUGAUUCUGGAAAAAUUAAAAGGAAAAAUAGUUCUGAUUAAAAACUACUUUUUUACAUUUGUUUUCAGAUAAUAAAAAAGUUUACAGUCUUAAGGAAAAUAUUCAGGUCUAUCAUAUGGUUUGACAGAUUUUUUAAAAGUUAUUUUUGGUAAGGUCUUCUUUUAAAAAAAAAAUUAAACCUCAAGGGUUUUUUGUACCACUAUAAUCUAAUACUUAAAUCAAAAUUACUGUGUAUUUACUUAAUUUCUUAUUAUGUGCCUUAUUAUGUGCUUAUAAUGAUACAAUAGCUUAGAGUUUUAUCUAAAGUAUCUUGAAAACUGUAUUGUGGGAUAAAAGAUGUAAGAAAGGUUUUUUUUUUCUUUUUGAUCUUUAGGAUUUAAAAUGUUUUCAUUGUGAUUUUAAAAAUGGUUUUCAAUAAGUAGUAGUCUGAAUUCAAAUUUUUGGUGCUUUGGUGCAGAAAUGGGGUGGGGGGAGGGGUUGCGGGAUUGGUAAUAACUCAGUGCAUAAUACCCUGUAGGCCUCUUCAAAUUUUAUCUGGUAGAAGUUAGUGCCAUUUACUUGAUAAUUUUUCACUGUACAGCAUGGUCCCAAUUUAUUGAUCUUGUGUACACCCUUCAGAAGUUGUCUCAGGAUUCCUUUUUUUUUUUUUCCUCAGUACUAAAGAGAGAACUUGCUUUUCUUUGUUAAUAUAGCUUCAUUAUUAAAUGCCCACAUAUUUGGAGAGUAAGGGAAGAUUGGAUUGGGAAGCGGGGUUGGGGGGUGUCUUCUUUUUAUUUUGUUGAAUGUAAGAGUGUAUUUUAAUGUUGCUUCAGUAAUUGUGUAAUGUGAUAUUUGUUUCUUUUUAUUAAGCAACUUUUGGUUAACUAUGAGUUUGAUGCUUGAUCAGAUUUUUUUAAGCAUUUUUCAUUUUUAAGAAGUCAUUUUUGUCAACCCUUUUUACUUAUUUCAGGUUUUAAGAAUAGAUAUUUUAAGUCUCAAUACUUGUGAUUCAUCUCAGUUAUUCAUUCAACAUGUUUCCUUGCCAUAACACCAGCCAUUAAUUUUAAUACAGUGAUGAUCUUGUGAGAAAAACUAGCUUAAAUUUCUUGUAGUAAUCUUUCUUUUUUGUUUGUUUGUUUUUUGGUUUUUUGCAGGCAAUGGGGGUUAAGUGACUUGCCCAGGGUCACACAGCUAGUAAGUGUCAAGUGUCUGAGGCCGGAUUUGAACUCAGGUACUCCUGAAUUCAGGGCCAGUGCUUUAACCACUGCGCCAUCUAGCUGCCCCCUAUAGUAAUCUUUCUAAUAAAAUUCAGAAAUGGAAAGCAUUAUGAUAGUCAAGCAGAAACUAUUUAGGCAAUGAUGAUGAUAAGCUGGUAGAGUAGGAAGGAACAUGAAGUUACCGUGAAGUGGACUAUUUUAGCAUUGGUUGAAUAGGCAGCCUUAAUCAUGUGAUCUGGUGUGUUUUCAUCAUGCAAUUAUGGUUUUUUUUGGUGUGUCAUCUAUUAAAUGCUAGAAAAGACAAACUAAUUUUUUAGGUAAUAAACUAGAAUUUUGUGUGUUUUUUUAUCCACACAGUACUUAGGAUACUAAAAGAGCUACAUUAUUCCAUAGCAUAUAUUAAUUGGAAUAUUUGUAUUCUUCUUUUGGUUAGAAAAUACCAUAUGACUUAUUAAACUUAUUCUCAUAAGAUAGUCAAGCUAAGUGCGGCAAAGGAAUACUGAUAGAAGGCAGAUCAUAAUGGAGUUGAAUGUAAUUAUGAAGCAGGUCUUUAAAUCUGAGAGAACAUUUGAAUCCUUAUCAGGGACUUUGUGUAUAUAUGUGUAUGUAUGUAUAUACGUAUAUAUUCAUACAUACACUAUUCUGAUAUUGUAUAUACAUAUGCACAUAACAUUUUAAUUUAUUGACAAAGAAAAUUAAUCUAAAUUAAGAUUUGGAAAAGACAUAUUCUUGUAUAAAAAUAGGGUGUUUGGAGAAAUUCGAUUUGUGUCUAAAAUUAGCCCAAGUACAUGAUGGAUAUUAUCCAUUUUGGGCUUAUUGUUGUUUGAAUUAUAGAGGUCUACAGUCUAUGUGUUGGCACAGGUUUUGUAAAAGAAAAAAAAUUGGGUGGUGGAAAAUCAAGAUCUGUGUGCUUUUUUAAUUUUGGCAUGCAUUUAUUCUCUAUCUUCUAAGCAUUUUUUUUUAAUUUUUGCUGUUGAUCUGUAGUGUUAAUUUUUGAAGUUUAUGUACUUUAUUUUAAAAGAACGCUAUAUUGCUUUUGGAGGUCUCUUGGCUUUUAGAUGAAGUACAGAUGCAGAUUUCAAAAUGAAACUAUGACUAUUAUAGGUUAGGCUGAAAUACAGGUUCUUGUUUUCUUAGAAGAUUAAAAUAAUUCACUAGUCAGGUUUAAAAAAAAAAACAGCAGAACAAAAUACAAAUCAAAAAGUCCCUCUUGUUAUUUUUCCCUACUAACAGCUUAUUGGAGAAGAGCAGAAUGACCUGAUAGCUUCAUUGUGAAAGUCAGUAGAACGUUGGGUGUUGAUAACUUUUUCAAGUUUAGAAAUGACUAAGAGACUACAUAACUAUGAUUAUGUUGUUUGAAGAAAUUUGGACUUUUUCUGUCAGUGUAGUUCUCUUAAGACUAUAAAUUGUAGAGCUAUUCCCGGUCUACAUGCAUUUAAGCAAAUUUUCUCACUCUAGAGCCACCUGUAGCAAUGAAAUCAUGUCAGGUUCAAAAAGCAUGUCAGUGACUCCCCCACACCUCUUCUUCCCCCCAAAAAAGUUUUGCCUUUUUUUUAUAAAGAACUUGACCCUAUUUAGCACAAGUGUCUUUUAAAUGCAUGACUAAUGAAUUCAGGUGGAAAAAUUAAAAAGGCUCAAGGAAUGUUCUUAUUUGAUAUAACACUCUAUCAUUACCUUACAUUUAAGUAAGAAUGGAAAUAGUCUUACCGAUUUUUAUUUUUCUUAGAAGUGGUACUUGGAGAACAUUUACAAAGUAUUUAAAAGAUCCAUGAUUUCAUAAGUAUGGGUACUCCCUCCAAUGAUGCAGGUCAUAAAUGUUAAGACCUAUGCCUUAGAAGAUGAGUUGGCAUCAUUGCCCUUCCUUACUACCCCCCCUUUCCCACCAAAAAAAAAAGAAAAACCUUUGAUGGCCAACCUUCUAGUGAUGGGACCAAUCUGACUGGAUUUCAAGUGGUAGCUAUACUUCAUGACCUUAAGUGUUUCCUUGAAGCCUUCUCAGCUUGGUAUUUAGAUCCAGAAUUUUUGUUUUGCUACAUAGAUAACCCUUCAAGAAUUCAAAAUCAUCCCUAAGUAUUGAUGAGGCAUUGGAGUAGGAUUCCAGUUGAGACUUGAAAAAUAAAAAUGGAAUUUAGCUUGGUAUUACAAUUCCAUUUUCCUUUAACAUUUCAGAUUUCUUUUGCAUAUAAGUGGAAUUAAGGAAAAUUAUGUAAAGGAUCUAAAAGACCUAUCAUGAUUAAAAUAAUAAUAAUUUUAGUCUGGGUGUUUCUGCUUUGACUUAAUGUUUUUAUUAUUUUAAAAGUUGAAAGUAGAGAUUGAAUGUCAAAGGAAACUUGUAGUUUUAAUAUAAUUUUUCAUGAUUUGAUUCACUCAUGAGUGUCUUUACAUUAGCCCCAUUUUGUGUGCAAUAAUUUUAAGUGAUUGGAGUCUUUGAGCCUCUGUAUUUUAAAGACUAAAGGGAGCCAUCGCUGUAGUGCGCUGUAUUGUACACAUAAUUUUGCAAACAAACUCAAAAUAUCUGUCUUUUAGGAAGACUGUGUAAGUUACUUUACAGUAUCAGUUUUGCUUAUACAUUGUUAAAUUUGUCAUCUCAUCCUUCCUCUAAAUUUGACCAAAAGAUAACAGGGCUGAGAACACUGAAUCCCUUCCGUUUACUGCUAUUUUUAAAACCAAGAAAUGAUAUUAUAUCUGUGCUUCAAGCCAUUUUUGUUUGCCUUUUCCUUUGUCCUGAUCUGUAAUCUAGAACAAAACUGCCACACUUAAAAGUUUUACUGUUGUGCUGAAAGAAAUAUAAUUCAGAUUGCACAGGGGUUUUCUUUUAAGCAAAAUUUAACUCUGCUGUCUUUUAGAAUAUGUUUGUAAUAUACAAGACUAUUUGUAACCUUUUUUUUUUUCAGAGCAGAAAUUCUUAGCAUACUAGGAGUUGUGAAUUACUAGAAGAAAAAAAUUGAAAAUAUACUAUUUGACUUGGGGUUUUUGUAGAGGGGAACAAAACAAAACAAAACAAAACCAGGACCAAAGUUUAUGUGCCUUCAGUAGUCUUAAUUGUCCUUUCCCCCUAUUUCACAAUUAUGUAUAAUCAAUUUCCAUAAACUCUGUGGUUUUUUUUUUAAUAUGUUGGCCCACUGACUAUCCAUACAUGCAAAGAAUUGUGACUCUUUAUAUGAGGUCUCAGUUACUUCUUUGCCUUUACCAUCUGAUAUUCAUUGUAUAACGUUGUGCAGGAAUCUAGGAAUAGCGCUGCUUCAAAUCUUUGUAGUGCUCAUGGUAUCUUUUGUAACUUGGGGCAUAUGGCCUGGUCCAGUGUCCUGGGAGAUACUAGUUAUGAUCACAAGCUUCUUUCCGACAAGCUUAGAUCAGCACUGUAAACUUUUUUUUAAAAGUUCUUGGAUUUCUGCAUUGUUUGUGAUAUUAGUGAAUAUUUAAAUAGCUACUUUCAUACUGUCUUUUUAAUUCACAUUCCAGUCUUCUGUUUCUUCUUGUUAUUUUUUUUUAACAUUGUUACCCAAAUCCUCCAAAGGUUCAUCCCAGAUCCAUAGCAGCACAAAUCAUAGAUUGCUGACCAAGCAAGUUCUUGCAUCGGACCGUCACCUCAUUGCUCUGACCAAAGACUGACUGUUCUGGUUUUACUGAGACAUUCUGUUAAACUUUCCCCACUAUCCCCCAAGCUCCUUUCUGAAAGAAGACCCAAUGCAAAGUGGCCUUUUCUUUGUAUUUUCUAUUUGGUGAAUGGACCACUUAGUGAAAAAUGGGAGUUUAAAUGUGAACAGAAUGAUUUGGGUUAAAGGCAAGGGAUAAUGGAUUAUUUUCAGUACUGUAUUCAAGAAAAAAAAAUAGCACAGCUAGGAGCCUCUGACAUUCUAUCGUGUUUUACAUGGUCUGUUCAUAAAAUUCCCUUUUUCAGUUUGUAAGAAUGUUCAUCUAACACAAGAAAAUGCUGUAAAUAUUUGUAACAACAUUUUUUUACCUGGCAAAAAAACAAAACAAAAAAAAACAAAAAAACAAAGGUUUUUGGGAACAAGUUAAAGUAUAAAGUGGUUUUAUAUAAAAACAUCAAUUGUCUUGUAUAUUUUGAUAAGCAACAGUACCAGCUUUCAUUUGUAAAGCAGUUUGUGGCAUUGGAGGAAAAAAGGAUUCCAUGUCUGUUGAAAUGCUUAUGUUAUAAAUGCAAAGAGAAGAUAAAAUAUUAAAGAAACAUAUUUUCUAA